UUUAUCAAGACGGCGUCCAUAGCCACACUGGAACCUCCGGAGGAGGGCUUGGAGAAGAUCGACAAGGGUGGAGGAAUGCAGAACAGAGAUCCUAACAACCUGAACGAGUACUUGCAGGUUGAGUUCGAUGACGUCAUUGCCGAGCCGGAUGGCACGUACACCUACGACUGCGUUUGGGGAAAUUCAAAGUACAUCUUCACGUGCGCGAAGAACUGCUGCUACAAAUUCUUGACCAUCAUCUGUGCGAUGCCCAUUGCUUUUGUCGUCGGCUGUUCUUUCGCCUGCAUCUCUUUCCAACACAUAUGGUGCAUUGGACCCGCCCUAAGACAGUGCCGCAUCAACUGCUACGUGGUGCGACAAUAUCUUUCGACCAUCCUGGACUCGUGUAUGGGUCCUUGCUGCAGUGAGAUGGGUCUCUGUCUCAGUCGGAUUCGCAUCGGAAGGUACCAACUUGCUUCAACAGAAGUUGUUUGAGAAUUUACUUAGAAGAAAAUCAUUUACUUUUCAUUCAAGAGUUUUUUGUGUUUUGUAGUAACAAUGAGAGAAAAGUGUCUGAGAGAAAGUCACAAAAACAUGACCAUCAUGCUCUUAUGAAAAUGCUGUGAACUGUAUCACAGAGAGUCGUUUCAAAAUAUCCUGUUCUUUAUUUCAUCUGUUUUCACUUCUUGUCAACUACUCCUCAUUAUCAUACUUCGUCUUCAACUACAAGCCCAAGUAAAUUCUGUACUUUCACUGGAAGAUAUCAUGUUACAUCCACGAGGGACCUCACGAAAACUAUCCUGAAGCUAUUUUAUCUUUACACUUUUUUGGUACAUUUAUGCAGAUUAAAUAUAAAAUUAUUUUAUAAAAAGAAAAAAAAACAUCCAAUCAAAUCCUUUUAAUAUUGAACAGUUUUCUUGGAGCAAGCAUUAUUUAAUCAAGUAUUUUGAAAGCGGUUUUAGUGCUUCAUUUGUAGUUUUCUUAAAAUACUUUGAACAAAUGCAAAUAAUGAUAUUACUUUACUGUAUCACUGGAAUUCAUUGAUCUAUAACAAUAUAACUCAUUUAAAGCUGGAUUCUGACUUGGUUGAAUGUUUGUUUCGUUUAAUGACUUCUAUUUUAACACUUUGAUGAACGUUACUUGUGAAAUCAUCAACGAAGUAUUGAAGUAUUUAGAUUUAUUAUUAUUAUUAUUAUUAUUUUGAAAUGUAUAUGCACUUACUUUCCUCUAUAAUUAGUUGUUUAGUGUGAUUGCAAACGUACGAAACGUUUGCUGUAAAAAAAGCAUUAGACGUUAUUUAGAACAAAAUCCUAAAGCAAAUACUUUUUUAAAUUUUCAAUAAAAGUUAAGUAAUUCCAUCUGGAAUUACACUUGGAAAAUUUCUUUUAAAAGUUAUGUUAUUACGUUUCACAAAACAAAUGCAAUUUAAUAACGUGUCAAAUUUACACAAGAAAUUAUCAUACAUAAAUAUUUGAUUAUUGUAAUUUAGACCUUAGUUUGAACUGCCGUUAUAAAACUUGCCGGCGGGAAUUUUCAAAGACAACAGAAAUUUCGUGUGCUAAUUCAAUCAUGUAAUAUUUCCCAGAUUUACUUUACUCAUGUAAAACAUAAUGAAAACAUCUUGCGAAGAUAGAUAAUUUUGUCCUUGAAAACCGAAGAAAAAUGCGUUGUGCAAGUUCAAAAUUACAUACUGUCAUUGCCAGGUAGAACAAGAUUAGUAUUUUAACUUGAUUGAGGCAGUGUAAAGUAAAGUAGCGUACGUGUCAAAAUUAAAGAAAUAGUGAUAACUAGUACAAAGGGUGGGAGAAACCCUCAGCAGUUUUGGGACAAGAGACAAUAGUAGUAUAUCUCAUAGUUGCUGCUACAUCGCAUUAUUGAAUCGUUUAUUUAAAAAACCAGCCAAUCGACAAAGUUGCUAAUUUUAGGUAAACAUCUAUAUCCCCUUAUUAAACUAUUCAAUGAUUAUUACAACACGGCUUAUUGAAAGAAAUGUACCUAAAUAUUUAUCUCUUUUAGUUUAAAACAUAGUAAUUCUUAUAGAAAAAUUUUAAUAAGAAGUUAAAAUUGCUUUUUCGAAAUUUUAGAGCUUGUCGUUUGACGGUUUUUAAAAUAAACGGUUCAAGUUAGAAACACUUUGCAAUAAAAGCCUACCUAAGGUUUGAAUUUGAG